CCUCAGUGAAAUAGACAGGCUUUAUUUGCCUCGCAGCAGAGUACCAUCAACUUGGGAUCCUCCAUGCUCCCAGACAUCCAAUUUUGAAGUAUUGCUGAGGGAGCUUCAAAAGAGAUAUUAGACGAGAGACACUCAAAAGAAAGCAGCUCUUCAUUCUGGACCCCCCACUAGUCAAGGCAAGAAGUGGGUGGCCGAAUGAACCAACGAGUCAAGCCGUGAACGGAGAUCAUAGGAGCCACGUAAGCUGAGAGCCGUGGUAGACACGUGUAGACCGUACAGACUGAUAGGAAGUAACAAAGGAGCAGCUUUUCUCCUGUGUUGAUUUUCUUUAUAUCAGCAAAGGAAGGAAGAGGGGAGAGAGACUUUUCCUUCCAAAUAGAUACCAGGACAGGUCCAAGUUGCCAGAAACAACUGAUACAACAAAGAGCUAAACUGGAGGUCUUUUCAAUCUGGACCACAUGAUGGAGUCAAACAAAUUUCCAGAGGAUUCUCCGAUAGGAGACUCUGACUUGGAUUCAACCGACGUGGACUCAGCUCCAGGAUCAGAAGAUAAUGAGCCACCUGAUGUUUCUGAGAAUACUCAGUCAGCAGAUUCUGUGCAGUCCCCUACCUUAGUGGAUCCUUCACUGAUGAGAGGCAGACGCCGUACUAGAACAAGCAGAGUCAUGGCUCCCAGUCCAAGCCAAAGGGCUGCUCGGCAGCUUAAUCAAACAAGAGCCACUGCACCCAAGCUGCCAACCACCAACCUUUCCUUGCUGAUCUUCACAGCUGUGGCCACCUGCCGGAGGAGGUCUGGCCUCUCCAUGCAAGCUCUGAAGAAAAUGUUGACCAGCAUGGGCUACGACGUGGUCAAGAAGAAACAUUAUUUCCUUAGGGCCAUCAAGAACAUGGUGGACAAAGGACAGCUCUGGCAAGUGAAAGGGAACGGAGCCACAGGUUCCUUCAAGGUCAACCCUGACUUGGGGAAGAAAAAGCACCAGCCAAAGGUGCGAGGAAGAGGCCAGAAGGCAAAGGAUUCGACUAAGAAAAAAGAUGGGGCAGCCAAGCCUAAGAAUGCCAGGAGCAGCACUGCCAAGAAGCAAGGGAAAGUGGAGUCCUCCAAGAGAGUCUCCAAGAGAAGCAGAAUCCCAUCCCUUCAAGCUGUUCCAAGUCAGGUCAAAGUGUGAAGGAUGCCUAAUCUGUCCUCCGGAGUGACUUCUGCAUCCUAAGAAUGAAUAAAACAACCCCUGUAUUUAAAAUUCA